AUGUCUUGUCUCAAUCGGGAUGGGUUGAAUGACUUUCAAUUUGCUCCAUUGAUUCUAUCAGUUUCUCAGGAUAUUUCUAGCCCGUUAACAAAGACAUAUACCUUGGGAGGAUUUACAAAAUGUCACUGGUCUUUAUCUCGGUCCUCUUUUUUUGAUUAUACACCGACUCUUAUUCUCUACAGACAGACAAACAUCCAUCUGUUCUCGUGUUUAACUUUAUUUAAACAAACAGGCCAAGAAGGCGUGCCGCAGCAAGCAAUGGAAUACAGUAGGGGUCGAUUGCACCAGGCGUGGACCAAUGGAUGUUCAAAAGGAAUAACAUAG